AUUACAUUUCUUAAUUAAUUGGGUGGUUCUCUCUGCGUCGUCUGCUAUCUCGACGUAAGGUGAGAGUCGAGAUCACCUUAGGUUUUCGGAAGUGAAACAUCAACCCAAGACUUAAACCAAGGGCAUUCACAGUUGAAGAAAAAAUGGGUAUAUGGAACGAUGCGUUGAGGGCUCUUGAGCCGACGAACGUUACUCACUCUUGUGUCGGCAAUUUCACUGCCCCGAACGACCUCAAUCUCAUCGUUUCGAGAUGCACCAGAAUAGAGAUUCAUUUGGUGUCGUUUCAAGGUUUACAGCUUAUGUUGGAUAUGCCAAUAUAUGGUAGAAUUGCCAUACUUGAGCUUUUUCGUCCACAUGGGGAAACUCAAGAUCACCUUUUCAUGGUCAAGGAAGCAUACAAUUUCAGUGUUAUGCAAUGGGAUGCCGAGAAUGCGCAGUUUAUUAUAAGAAAGGGAAAGGUCAUUCCAUUUGAUAACAAAGGCAAAGGCAUGUUCAUGGAAGAAUUUGAUAUUAGGCUUCCGGAGCUUCAGGUUUUGGAUAUUAAGUUUUUGUAUGGUUGCCCCAGGCCAACUAUUGUUGUACUUUACCAGGAUACUGAAGAUGAACGUCAUAUGAAAACUUACGAAGUUGCUUUGAUGGAUGAAUGUUUUGCUGAGGGUCCGUGGUCUCAGAAUAAUCUUGAUAAUGGGGCAGAAUUGUUAAUUCCAGUUCCGCCUCCUCUUUGCGGUGUCCUAAUUAUUGGUGAAGAGAGUAUUGCCUCUGCUUUUAAAGCAAUCCCAAUCAGGCCUUUUGUCACAAAAGCUUAUGGGAGGGUUGAUGUUGAUGGCUCGCGCUACUUGCUAGGGGAUCAUAAUGGGCUUUUGCAUCUACUUGUUAUAACUCAUGAUAGGGAGAAAGUAACUGGACUCGAGAUUGAGCUCUUGGGGAAAACGUGUAUCGCAUCGUCCAUAUCAUAUCUUGAUAAUGAUGUUGUCUUCGUAGGCUCAAGCUAUGGAGACUCACAGAUGAUAAAGCUGAAUCUUUCACCGGAUGCAAAAGGUUCUCAUGUGGAAGUUCUUAAAGAGAAUUUUUCUCCUGGUCCUGCCGCCUCUGCUGCCCCUCAUAUUGAUGAGCUCUCAGAAAAGAGGGAACAGCCUCACAGCCUCAUUAACAUCACGGAUCUCGAGGAUAAACAACAUGCCCGUCCUAAGAUCAUAAAGCAGUAG